AUGAAAGCGGUUUUUUUCUCACUUGAUGGACUGGAUCCAGCUCUUUUUCUUAGUCGAGCCGAGCCUGGAGAGGGCGAUCAUUGUGCUCAUUUCCAGAAGUUCCACGCCUACAGCACGCACGAUUCCGUUGUUCUUCCGUUGGCCGAGUCACUGGGGAUAUUGUCGGCGUUAAACAAUCGUUUGCCGGAAUACACGAGCAGGAUCAUCAUCGAGUUGUGGGACCGAAACGGAGCACCGUAUGUGAAAGCCUACUAUCGUAUGUCGUCGCGAAGCCAUGAUGUGCUCGAUGUAUCGAGUCAAGUGCGGAAAUGCGAAACGGAUGAGUGCCCAUUGGCUGUCUUCAUCUCGUGUUGUGACGAGUACCGACUUGAAAAGCUCUCCAACGUGUGCUCAAAUGCGGCUAAGGUGAGGACCAAAAUAUGGUCUCCUCUUCUGGAUGUUUGUCGCUUUGACACUGUUGCUGCUCUCAUCGUUGUCAUCAUCCUUGCCGCACUCUUCAAAAAGGAACGCGCAAAGAAUUCGUAUCGAGUG